GAGCUUCCCUGGGUGCAUGUGCAGCCACUGCGGAAGAGCCAGGCCCAGAGGGCCUCACCUCCACCUCCCUGCUGGACCUGCUGCUACCCACUGGCUUUGAGCCACUGGACUCGGAGGAGCCCAGUGAGGCCAUGGGCCUGGGUAUUGGCUUGGCUCCAGGCUCAGGCUUCCCCAGCGAGGACAGUGAGGAAUCACGGCUCCUGCAGCCACCUCAGUAUUUCUGGGAAGAGGAGGAACUGAAUGGCUCCAGUCUGGACCUGGGCCCCACUGCAGACUAUGUCUUCCCAGACCUAACUGAGAAGGCAGCUUCCAUGGAAGACCCAGACCAGCCUCAAGAGCUGCCAAACUUCCCCUCUACCCUGCCCAAGAUGGAUCUGGUUGAGCCUCCUUGGCAUAUGCCUCUGGAAGAGGAGGAAGAAGAGGAUGAGGAGGAGGAGGAGGAGGAGGAGGAGGAGGAGGAGGAAGAGGAGAGGGAGAAGGAAGCAGAGGAGGAGGAAGAGGAGGAGGAGCUGCUCCCCGUGAGCGGGCCCCCAGAAGAAGCCAACAUGCAGGCCCCUGACUUUUCUGUAUUGAUCAGCACCAUCAGCAGCACCAGCAGCACCAGCAGCCAGAGUCCUGGGGCCACCAGACACAGGCAGGAGGAUUCUGGGGACCAGGUCACAUCAGGCAUGGAGGUGGAGAGCAGUGUGGGGCCCACCUUGUCAGCGCCCUCGGUUACCCCAAGUACAGUGACCCUAGGGGAUCAGAACUUCAGUCAGGAGGUUGGAGGCACCAAGAUGCCAGCUGGGAGGCUGGAGAUAGAGUCUGAGGUCCCCCAGGGAGGUGGUGAGGAGGCCACUGUGGGAGCAGCCGGCUCUGACAACCAGCAGGAGGAGCUGCCACUCUCCCCAUUCCCAGAACCUGAGGCUCCAAGUGGGACUGAGGUCCCCAUCAAAGGCCACCUUUACCCCAGGACCCCAGCCUCUUUCCCACCUGGACCUGGAGAAACCAAGCUGACCCCUUCCUUUGCUACUUGGGGACAAGAAGGUCUCAGUCAACAGCCCCUAGAGGGGCAAGCAGCAGAAGCUCACUCAAGAACACCAUGGGACACUGCUCAGGUGAUCUGCAAGGACUGGAGCAAUCUGGCUGGGAAGAAUUACAUCAUCCUGAACAUGACAGAGAAUGUAGACUGUGAAGUGUUUCGGAGGCACCGGGGGCUACGGCUCCUGGCCCUGGUGGAGGAGGUACUGCCACGCCACCGCAGAGGCCACCGUGGAGACUGGCACAUCUCCCUGAGCAAGCCCAGUGAGAAGGAACAACACCUGUUGAUGACGCUUGUGGGCGAGCAGGGGGUGGUGCCCACCCAAGAUGUCCUUUCCAUGCUUGGUGACAUCCGUAGGAAUCUGGAAGAGAUUGGCAUCCAGAGCUACUCUACCACCAGCAGUUGUCAGGCGCGGGCCACCCAGGUGCGCAGUGACUACGGGACGCUCUUUGUGGUGCUGGUGAUCAUCGGCGUCAUCUGCUUCAUCAUCAUUGUGCUUGGCCUGCUCUACAACUGCUGGCAGCGUCGGCUGCCCAAGCUGAAGCACGUGUCCCACGGCGAGGAGCUGCGCUUCGUGGAGAACGGCUGCCACGACAACCCCACGCUGGACGUGGCCAGCGACAGCCAGUCGGAGAUGCAGGAGAAGCAGCCCAGCCUGAACGGCGGCGGGGCCAUCAAUGGCCCCGGGAGCUGGAGCGCACUCAUGGGCGGCAAGCGCGACCCCGAGGACUCGGACGUGUUCGAGGAGGACACGCACCUGUGAACGCCGCGGGCCACCGAGCCGCACGGGACCGCGUGGGAGCCCACGCCACCCCUCCCGGCGCGCCCCCUAACCCCUAGCCCUCGGCGCGGGGCUCCCUCGCUUCCCCGCCUCCUGGCGACUGCGGCGCAGCUCCCACCCCGCCCCGCCCGGCCCUGAGCCUUGCCCGCGGGCGGCGCUCCCUGCGCCCGGACUCCAUUAAAGCCGCCGAGACCGCGCGGGCCGCUCCGC